CAACCCCAAAAGAACAGAGCAGCUCUGCUCUCCUUCAAACUCUAUACCCUCAAAUGAUCAAACAAUUCGAUCGGAGUGACCGUCGGAUUCUGAAAUUCCCGGCGGUUAACCCUUGCCAAGGCGUCUCUCCGGCGACCCUUCUUGUCUCUUUGACAAUUCUCUCCCGCAACAUACUCAAUUUCCAAUCCACAUGCUUCGCAACCCAAAAGCGAAACUGCAGAGAAACAAUCCGCCAGAUUAGUAUUCUUCACAUUUUCUUUGAGGAGAUUUGUGCCGGCGAGCUGGUUCUUUCCGACUCGGUGGCUCUCAGCUUCUCUGAGCUCCACCUCACCUUGCAAAAAAUCAGGUUUUUGUUGGAGGAUUGCACUAGGGAAGGUGCAAGGCUGUGGAUGCUCACAAAAUGUGAGUUUCUCGCAACUCAGUUUCGGAUUCUAAUACGAGCAGUCUCCACCGCGCUUGAUGUUCUUCCUUUGAGCUUGAUCGAUGUUCAAGAUGAAGUGAAGGAGAUGGUUGAAUUGGUAAGGAGGCAAUCGAGGAAGGGCAAAUUUGAGCUUCAUCCAGAUGAUGUAAGUGCCAAGAAGUUGGUGCUUUCGAUAUUGGAUCAGUUCGAGAAGACAAUUGAGCCCGAUUCGAGUGAUGUGAAGCGGGUUCUUGAUUACCUUGGAAUCAGAAGCUGGAGGGAGUGUAACAUGGAGAUAAAGUUCUUGGAGGAAGAAAUUGCUUUCGAGUGUUCGGCUUGCCAAGGAAGAGAGGUUCCAUUUCUGAGCAGCUUGGUUGGGUUUUUGAGCUACUGCAGGGGAGUGAUUUUCGAAACGAUGGAUAAUCGAAACCUCGAUGAAAGUCAAGCCGAUUUUAGGUCCAACAUGGAGGUCUUCACUUGCUUAAACACCGAGGAUUUUAGGUGCCCAAUUUCGCUUGAACCAAUGCUUGAUCCAGUGAUUGUAUCUACAGGGCAGACUUAUGAUCGUUCUUCAAUUCAAAAAUGGCUCAAAGGGGGAAACUUGCUCUGUCCCAAUACAGGGGAGAAGCUCAUAAACACUGACUUGGUGCCCAAUUUGAUUCUCCGAAAGCUGAUCAGAAACUUCUGUGCCUACAACGGUGUUUCCCUUGGAAGGUUGGGAAAACAAAGCAGUGACAUAACACAAACAACUGUGCCCAAGAGCCCGGUUGCUUCGGAAUCCAUGAAGUUUCUCUCAAUGUUUCUCACCACUAGGCUUGCAUUUGGUACUAGUGAACAGAGAAACAAGGCUGCAUAUGAGAUUCGUUUGCUUGCAAAAUCGAACAUUUUCAACAGGUCUUGUUUGAUCAAUGCAGGAGCAGUACCUCCUCUAUUGAACCUAUUGUGUUCCACAGGUUCAUGUACACAAGAGAAUGCAAUGGCGGCCUUGUUGAAGCUCUCGAAAUAUGGAAGUGGCAAGAGAUUGAUAGUUGAAUGCAGGGGACUAACUUCAAUUCUUGCUGUGCUUAAACAUGGACUGACAUGGGAAGCGAGGCAAAGUGCAGCUGCAACAAUUUUCUAUCUCACUUCGGUGAAGGAGUAUCGGAAAUUGAUCGGAGAAACACCUGAGGCUAUCCGGGGUCUUGUAGAUUUGAUGAAGGAAGGAACACCUUGUGGGAAGAAAAAUGCUGUGGUAGCGAUUUUCGGGCUUCUUCUCUUGCCCAAAAACCACCAUAGAGUGCUUGAAGCAGGCGCUGUUCCAUUGCUAAUUGAUAUACUAGCCUCAUCAGAAAAAGUCGAGCUUCUAAGUGACACACUAGCAGUUGUCUCAUUCUUAGCUGAGAACGUUGAAGGAGCAUUUGCAAUUCUAAACUCGAAAUCCUUGCAUCUGAUCACCGGCAUUCUUCAAUCGUCAACAUCCCAAUCUGUGAAAGAGUACUGUGUUUCAACAUUGCUGGCUUUGUGCAUUAAUGGUGGUGUGGAAGUUGUUGCUCUUUUAGCCAAGGACCAAUCGUUAAUGGCUUCACUAUUUUCGCUUUUGACAGAGGGAACCUCCAAUGCGGGCAAGAAAUCGCGUGCCCUCAUCAAAGUUCUGCAUAGCUUCCAUGAAACCAGCUCCUCCAGAUGGAUCAUAAGCUCUGCAGUUCCAUGUGACCUUGCCAUUCAUGAUCGGUGACGCAUUGUCUCAAAAUCUUCCUUGAAAUUCCAUGUAAAUAGGAUUAUAUACAUUGGAUUAUAGCUCAGUUUUUGCAGGAGCUAUUUGCUAUGUGAGUUAGAUAUGUUAGAUAACAUUAUAGGGUUGUAUCUGAAAUUUUUUUCAUGUAGUGGAAAAUAAGACGGUGUGAAAUAUA